ACUUCCUGGUAACAGAGGCUGAAUGCUGCAUGAGUAUAGAUGGCUAGCCAGUUUUGUAUGUAAACAGAUGAGUUUGUAAGGAAGCUGCGUCUUUUUUAUUAUUUGCUACAUAUUAAUCAUUGGAUCGCGAUGGGGUUGUUAACAAUACUGAAGAAAAUGAAACACAAGGAGCGCGAGAUGCGAUUGCUCAUGCUUGGCCUGGACAACGCUGGGAAGACGACUAUUCUUAAAAAAUUCAAUGGCGAAGAUGUCAGCACGAUAUCACCAACUCUGGGAUUCAACAUUAAGACAUUAGAACACAGAGGGUUUAAACUCAAUAUUUGGGAUGUCGGAGGCCAGAAGUCAUUGCGGUCGUACUGGAGGAAUUACUUUGAGAGCACAGACGGACUGGUGUGGGUUGUGGACAGCGCUGACAGACUCCGGCUAGAGGACUGCAAGCAGGAACUCAGCUCUCUGUUACUAGAAGAGAGGCUGGCUGGAGCCACUCUGCUGGUCUUUGCCAAUAAGCAGGACUUGCCAGGGGCUUUGACCAAGGAAGCCAUCCAGGAGGCGCUGGCUCUGGACGACAUCAAGACCCAUCACUGGUGCAUCAUGGGCUGCAGUGCCGUGACGGGAGACAACCUGCUGACAGGAGUGGACUGGCUCCUGGAUGACAUCGCCGCGCGGAUAUUCACCAUCGAGUAACUCACUCGCGUGCCUUUGUCACCAGUGUUGUCAAUGUAGACAUGAAAUUCACUGACACAAAAUCAGAACUGUACAGAUGCAUUACAUGUUUCGUGUGCAAACUGAGAGUGCUUUCUACUAAGUUAUUUAAGAUUUACUUUUUACUUUUACAAAGUGCUUAUUUUUUAUCACACUUUUGGGCAGUUUUUGUGUUAAGUGCUUUUUUCUGUUAACUAUACGUAGCUCUUACGUAAUAAGCCUUAGCCUUAUCAUGGAUGUCAACAGAAAAUGUCAUACGAAAACAAACAGCAGGAUGAGCCUUGUGAACAAUGGCUGGGGGAUUUGUGAGGUGCACACUUAACCUUUUCACACUAAUAAAGCAAACAAACAUAAAAAUAA